CUCUCUCUCCAGUUUUUCCAUCAGAGUGGAGAACAGUCCGGAUCAAAACGCUUUCCUCUUUCCACCUGCUAAACGGGAUGUAUGUCGUUUUCCAGCUGUUGGAAUUUAAAACAAAAAGGGAUGUGAUGUCCAAUUCAUCAUGAAACUAAAUCUUUUAUUAAGUUGAACUGAUUUGAGAGUUUUCCAAUUGCGGCUGUAAAAGUUUCUGUCCUCCGAGCUCGGACACACCCGCGCUGUGCGUAACGGAGCAUCGGGGACGCACAACACGGAGUCAAGUGGAGAUGGUCUCCUCUGUGCGUCUCACUCGUUUGUCCAAAAGGCACGAUGUGGUCUUCUUCUUAGGUGCUGGACUCGGUUCGGGAGUUGGGAUCAUGGGCUCUGUUGGAUCUACGGGAUGCAUCGUCACUUGAACUCACAGAAUGUGCAACCUGAAGAAGAGGAGCGGAUCUCUGUGACAACUUCCUCGCAUUUUCUUCUCUCGCUUGCAGAAAUCUUCUAAAAGCGCAAUGAUUUUAACAACUUUUGUCAUUAUGUUGUCCUUCCCGGGCUCAGUGUUCACCUUGAGGGGUGACAACAGCUCACCCUCCCGGGCCGCCCGCCUGGACUGCGUAAAGGCCAGCGAACAGUGUCUAAAGGAGUACAGCUGCAGCACCAAGUACCGGACCAUGAGGCAGUGCGUGGCGGGGAGGGAGAGCAACUUCAGUGCGGUCACCGGUCCCGAGGCGCAGGGCGAGUGCCGCAGCGCUAUAGAAGCCAUGAAGCAAAGCCCCCUGUAUAACUGCAGGUGUAGAAGAGGCAUGAAGAAGGAGAAGAACUGUCUCCGGAUCUUUUGGAGCAUAUAUCAGAGUUUGCAGGGUAAUGACUUGCUGGAAUACUCUCCGUACGAACCGGUCAAUAGCCGGCUCUCGGAUAUCUUCCGCCUGGCCCCCAUCAUAGCUGCCGAGCCUGCAUCCACAAGGGAGAACAACUGUCUGAAUGCUGCGAAAGCCUGUAACCUGAAUGACACGUGUAAGAAAUACCGCUCAGCUUACAUCAACCCCUGCACCAGCAGGGUGUCUGCCUCUGAGGUCUGCAACAAACGCAAAUGCCACAAAGCCCUACGCCAGUUCUUUGAUAAGGUUCCAACUAAAUACAGCUAUGGGAUGUUGUUUUGCUCCUGUCCGACGGGCGAUCAGACAGCGUGUGCAGAACGCAGACGGCAGACAAUUGUACCCGUCUGCUCCUAUGAGGAUAAAGACAAACCCAACUGUCUGUCUCUUCAGAACACGUGCAAGACCAACUACAUCUGCAGGUCAAGGCUGGCAGACUUCAUCAGCAACUGUCAGCCUGAAGCUCGUUCCAUAUCUGGCUGUCUGAGGGAGAACUACGCCGACUGUCUGCUGUCUUACUCGGGUCUUAUUGGUACGGUGAUGACACCCAAUUAUCAGCGAUCGCUUGGCAUUAGCCCGUCGCCGUGGUGUGAUUGCAGCAGCAGUGGAAACAGCAAGCCGGACUGUGAUAGGUUUGCUGAGCUCUUCGCCGUCAAUCGAUGCCUACGAAAUGCCAUUCAGGCAUUUGGCAACGGUACAGAUGUUGGAGUUUGGCAACCCCAACCCCCGAUUCAGCCGACUGUACCAGAGCCUAGCGUCACUCGGAGGGGUAAAGACCGAACGGGCAAUGCGCUCGAUGCACUGACGGACAUGACCAAAAUGGACCUCGAUGCCGACUCACUGUAUCACAUCUGCGGGACCUUACAGGCCCAAAAACUGGUGUCAAAUCAAACAGUGGAUACUGCUCUGUGUGUGAACCAUCAACUGGAUGAGUCCAGCGACUCCAAUGCCAUUGCAAGAAGCUCAACAGCUGGACUCGCCUGCUUACACCCCUCCAGUGUGCUCCUCGCACUCCUCGUCUUUGUUUUAACCCCGAUAGCCGCUUCACUGCUUGAAGAUUUCCAGCUUUUGUAGGAUCUCCGGACUACGGAUCAACACUUUUAUCUCAAGAAGGGAUUCGACUCGUUUUAAUUUAGACAUUUACCAAAGUGUGGCACCUGUGUCGUUCUCGAAAAACAACACUGCACUGGAUUACAUCUGAAUCCAUACUGACUGUCGCCGUGUUAAAAACAGACCUGCUGAAGCUGUUCCUGAGAUAUCAGCUUGUUUGCCUUCCAUGCCUUAUGGGAGCAAUUUGGCUACUCCAAGAAUCAGAUUCAUACUUAGGACUACUCGUGCUUUGGAGUUAAACCCUGUGAUCUGAUAACCGUGUGAAUAAAUUCACUUCUUUGGAACGUGUGCGACAGACUGCCGGUUUGCUGAACAGCGUUUUUGGAGGAUUAAAGAUCGUUUUCUGUAAACUGUGCUUUUGAUUUUGUCCUGCCAAUAAAAA